GGCACGAAGCUAACUCUCAAUUUCCACUGCCACUUCAACGGCCACUCCACUGCCACUGCCACCAAAUUGAUCUGAUCGAUGCGCCGGCACCGCGAUUCGCGUGCAGUUAGUCGAAUUUUUGACGGUCGAGUGACAAGGUGCGUCGCGUCGCAAACUCCCAAUAAAAAGAAUUAAACUAAAAAAUAAGAGACUUCAGCCGUCGCGCCUCUUAACUGAUUAAAUAGGCCAUUAUCCAAGGGAUAAGCCCACUGUGUAUGCAAAACUCAAGCGAAAAGUGUUGUGAUCAAGUGCUUAAAGGAUCAAGUUCUAGUUUUGGAUAGCCGCGAAUAAAGUUCUUAAAGAUUAAGAUUUUCACUGUUCACCAGAGAGCUCGGUUGUUCGGCUCGGUUUUGGUUUUGGUUUCGGAUCGGAUCGGAUCGGUUUUGGCCCGGCCUGGACGCCGUACGAUUUCGUGGAAGCCGUAAAAAAGUCUUCGGGGAGUGGGCCGCCAGCAUCAUCAUCCAAGCAUCAGUACGAGCAUCAGUGCUGAGUCAAACAGCAUUUAAGUCUAAAGACUGAGCAUCCUAAUAGCCCGGCGACCACGACGACAUCCAUCAAAGCGUUUUUAUGACGUUCUUGCUUGAAAUUUGAUUAAAAUUCAGCGAUUAACUAAGCAGCAGCCUCACCAACGGGACGAAAGACAAAAAAGAAAAAACUAAAAACAAAAAAACAAACAGCAAAUAAACCAAAAUACUUUACGGAGGCUAAGCGACUGCGAACGAACGACUACCGAUCGAAUCGGAUCGUAUCGAAUCACUUUCGGAUUGGAUUGGAUUGAAUUGAAUUGUUGAUCACAUUUCAGCCAUGCCGCAUACAGGACAAGCUGGUGUCAAUCAGUUGGGUGGAGUUUUCGUGAAUGGCCGCCCUUUGCCGGACUGCGUUCGUCGCCGGAUCGUGGACUUGGCUUUGUGCGGAGUUAGGCCCUGUGAUAUAUCCCGCCAGCUCUUGGUUUCUCAUGGUUGCGUUUCCAAAAUACUGACUCGCUUUUAUGAGACGGGCUCCAUUCGACCAGGUUCCAUUGGCGGCAGCAAGACCAAGCAAGUGGCCACUCCCACCGUGGUAAAGAAGAUCAUCCGCCUGAAGGAGGAGAACAGCGGCAUGUUCGCUUGGGAAAUUCGCGAGCAACUGCAGCAACAGCGUGUCUGCGAUCACAAUUCGGUGCCCUCGAUAAGCUCCAUCAACCGAAUUCUGCGCAACAGUGGUCUCUGGACGGACGAGAUGACCUCCAGUCAGCAGAAUGCGGCAGCUGCAGCGGCGGCGGCGGCAGCAGCGGCUCAUCAAGCGGGCAAUGGUCCAGCCAAUGGAUAUGGACCCCAAGCUCCUCCUCCUCCGGUUACUGUGGCUCCACCCACUCCGGCAGCCACGCCCUCCGUUGCACGUUAUGCAAAACCGCCGGCGAUGAUGAUGAAUACCGCCGGGGAAAUGCCCAUCAAACCCGCUCCCAAAAUGCCGCCCAGCAUGGGACAUGGCCACAAUCAUGGCCUAAAUCCCAAUGUUUCUGGCUUGGAUUUAAGUUACUCUGCUCUGCACAAGCACUGGCUGUGGAAUCCCUCCCUACUCUACUACACCCAAGCUCACAUUCAGGCUCAGGCGGCUGCCUCGGGUGGACAAUUCCUGCCCUAUGCCGGCGGCUAUUUGCCCCAUGCCAUGGCAGCGGCGGCCGCAUCUUCCACAUCGUCUAUGGGUGGUUUUACCAAGUCGGAGAGCUCCAUCGAUCUUUCGACACCCGGAGCUGCUGGCGAUGCACUUAGCGAUUGUGAUUCCGGCAAAUCUUCACCAGCGGCACUUUCAUUAACCGCUUCUGGUGGUGGAGCCGGAUCAGCUCCAGAGGCUUCUCCUGGCUCGGCACUGAGCCAUAGUCGCAAGCGUAACCCUUACUCCAUUGAGGAGCUGCUUAAGAAGCCGGAGAAGCGACUUCGACUCGAUAGCAAUCGUCUGGAGUGUCUGGAGUCUAGUUCCUGUGAAAGCAGUCAGGAUAGUCCAGCUCCCCAGCCCUUGGAAAUUCCAGAGGACGAGGAUGCUGUCGAAGCGGAAGAGGAUCAGGAGGAGGAGGACUGCAGCGUGGAGGUGGUCAACUGAAUCAAAAUGCACUAUCCCUCUGACCCAGUUUUAUGAUCUGUGUAUAUAUAGCAACGUAGUUUAAUCCUAAACGCCCCUUUAAUCAAGUUUAAAGUCAAUCAAUGGAGGAAAAUGAGUUCAUUUUUUUGGCAUUUUCUUUUCCUUAAAACUGGAUCUCUGAUAAUGAAGUUUUAAAAUGGAAAAUUGCUGGCUUAAUCAUAACAUUGUUGAACUUAUGUUUCAUCAAAAAUGAUUGGUUAAAUAUUGAUGAAAAGGGGUGAUAAUAUAAUAAAGUAUUUAAAUAAAAGAAUUCGAGUAUUUGUGCUGAGUGAA